AUUUGCACUACACGAUUAGUAGAUAUUGUGAUAAGGAUAACCUCUUCUAGUUCUAAUGCAAAAAUAAAAAUAAACUUUGACCAUUUGAGCACUAAAUAUAGCUCUAAAUUGCGAUUAUUCAAUAAUGGCUGGUAGCUGGCGACAUUUAAAUUUAAAAAUCGCACAAAAUGCCAGGAUAUUCUCGACGACUCGCCAGCAGAACGACUCGAAGGAUUCGUGGCUGUCGAAGUUGCUGGUGAGAAAAAUCGAGCCGACGAAAGAAUCGCACAGUCGCAUGCUAAGCGACAAGGAAGUCAUCUACGGACUGCAAACGCACAACUUUCGUGCCGACUCCCGCGACGAGUACAUAGCGAACAUAAAAAGGAAGGUCGAUUGGACAAAGGCACAGUCGCAGCUGUCCGAUAAGCUGGAGUUGAGCGCCUCGUGGACCGUGAGCGUCGGCGACCAGGAUCAGGCCCUGCACCUGUGGAAGUACACGGGCGGUUUCGAGGCGAUCGAUAACGCAAACGAAUUGUUCGCACACGACGAAGACUUCAAAAAGCUCAUAAAUGACGAAAACAAGCUGGUUCGUUCCCGGCACCUUCAGUAUUUGCUCGCGUUCAGUUACUGGCCGGCGAUAGUUCCGCGACCCGGCAAUCACAUCUACGAGAUACGCUCGUACGCGCUCAAGCCGGGCACGAUGAUCGAGUGGGGCAACAACUGGGCGCGCGCCAUUAACUACCGCCAGAACAACGCCGAGGCCUACGCCGGCUUCUUCUCGCAGAUCGGCCGACUGUACAACGUCCAUCACAUUUGGUGUUAUAAGAAUUUGAACGCAAGAAAGGAGACGAGAGAAAGCGCGUGGCGCUCGCCGGGCUGGGACGAGUGCGUUGCGUACACCGUGCCACUUAUUCGCGAGAUGCAUUGUCGAAUAUUAAAUCCUACCAGCUUUUCGCCGACGCAAUAGGGCCUUGUUUUUAGCAUUUUUAAAUGGUUUUAUCAAUUGCAGAAGUGGUCUUGUUAUUAAGACCGUUUUGCUUAGUAGUUAAGUACGCAUUUCUCGUUCAUUACCCCCUUUAUGACGACUGUAAUUUUGUAUGUAUUGGGUUUUGUUUAUUAAAUAUCAUUUUGUUGUGAAUUUA